AUGGAAAAACCACCACCACCACCACCAUCAACCACCAGCAUGAGCCCCAUGGCCACUCCGGUUAGCAACCUCUAUGACUCGUAUGAGUUCAGAGCCAUUUCAAAACAGCUAAACCGGGCAAUCAAAGGCUCCAACAACAACAGCCCCUUGUCUCCUUACUCAUUUUAUUUGAAAUCUGCAACCCCUUUUUACUCGAAACAGGUGAAAAGAAUAUGUGGAACAACUAAAAACAAGAGGGUUCUAUGCUUAAAGACUCAAGACUCAUCACAACCACGUGCCAAGGGAUUUGUCUCACGCCUCUGGGCAAAGGUUAAAGGAAGAUUUAUACAGACCCAUUGA